AUGUCAUUGAACUGCCGAAUCUAUUAUGAAAUUAAGCGAAGAUAUAAAAAUGCUCUAUUAAAUAACAAUAGUUGCUAUACAAAACGAUCUGUGAAUGCCGGUAAUACAAAUAAUCAGAAUAAUAAUGAUCGAACAGAUAUUUCAAAAUGUUCGGAGAGUAACAGACAAUUAUAUACAAUGAAUUUAACCGAAAAUGAUAGUCUCUUAAAAAACAAACUGAAUACAGUAUCUUCAAUAAAACGAUAUCAUAUGACGGAUACUUGUGACAGUAACAAUGAUAGUGAUAUAAGUGAUAAUAGUAUUAUAAGGAUUAAUUUUACAAAAAAACGAAAUAUGCAACUGAUGUUAAAACAAAAUCCGUCGUCGGUAACAUCAACAAAAAAGACAACAACUAGUACAAUCAUUCAUACGCCAAUGAAAUAUUCAUCAAAAAAGGAUUCAGCGACGACAAAUCAGAAGUCAAAGGAACGUUGUGAUCGAAAUGCCAAUUUACAUCAUCAAAAAUCAAAUAUUUAUCAUGAAAUCGAUUAUCAAGAUUAUUCAUUUUCAACGAACAUGUAUAAAACGCGAGAAAUAUUGACUCAUAACGAUAAUACCAAUUCUCCUGCACGCGAUCUUAUUAUAAGAAACCGUACUGCAAUGCGAAAAGGCUUAAACGUUGAUGAACGCUGUUUUAAGCAUACGUACGAUUACCAUUCGUGUAGAAUCUAUUCGAAUAAUGCAAAACUGAAACGACAACAACCACUAUCGUCAUCAUGUGCAAGAAAAAAGGCAAAUAAGUUUAGCAGUACGAAAACUAAUAUUAGAUCAACGUCAGAUAUCGGAUCCAUAGGCACAUGUUGUUGUUGUUCAUUAUGUGAUUGCCAGCAUCAUCCAACAUCGUCUUUCACUUGUCGUCAUCGAAAUUCAAGUAUUCCGAAUACAACAACGACAACUCGUCGACGACAAUUACUUUUUAAUCUUUGUCAAUGUACAAUUCGAGAAGAAAAACGAAAUACAUUUACAAUUCAUUCAAAUCCAUUAGCUAACACAUCCUUAGAUAACAAUGGUAUCAGAUCACAUUCGCCAAUCCCGCUGAUAGAUGAAAUGAGAAAUUCAUCUCGAAUACGAAACCGUUCACUUGUUCCGGUUGCGUCACGUCAAAUACCAAAUUCGCCGGUGCCACUAACAUCAUCAUCCAUACGAUUAGCAUCUAAAAAGGCAAAGCGCACAUCUUCAUUUGCAAAACCGAGUAUACCUGCGGUGACCACCUGUGCGAUAGGCGAAACUACUUGUUUUAGUACAACGUCAUCAACAAAUGGUACAAGAAGUAUGAAGAAUAUGCGUUCUGGCACAACAACUAAACAGACAACGUGGAAUCAAGAGGAAAAAGCGUUUCGUCAACUAUUUGCAAUAGUAUUUGGAUUUAUAUGUUGCUUUCUACCAUAUUUCAUUUUGUAUAUGGUCGUAGCGUUUUGUGAACAUUGCGUAUCACAACGUCAAAUAAUAAUGUCAACCUGGUUAGGAUAUGCAAACUCAACCAUAAAUCCAUUUUUGUAUGCUCUUAGUAACAAACACUUUAGACGAACAUUCAAUCGUAUAUUAAAACGUGAUCAAAGACGACAGUCUUACUAUAAUUAA